AUGGACCGGAAUUCAAGCUUUGUACUUCGCAGAUUAAAAAACAAGAGGCCAGUCUUUGAUAAUAACGAGCCAGUAUGGUCACUAUCAGAGUCAUUAAACUCUAUAUUCAUUAGAGGCUCGGAAUCGAUUCCUAUCCUUAAUUUAGACUUGCGAAGUGGAUACGGAGCUUUUGGAAUCACAAGAUCCGUAUCCGCUUCUACAGGUUAUGACAUGACAAAAAGUGUCGAUGCUUCGCAUCCUGAUUUUGUUUCGAUGGGAUAG